AUGAAUGCCUGGCUUGCCGACGCCUCGAAUAUUCCUGGCCAGGAUAAUGGCGCCUUUCAUCCAUCCACUAUAGACCCCUCUACUGCUUUCCUUCAUGGCUCCCCGAACUCCCAGGAUCCAUCCCAAUUCCAGCGCAUGUUCAAUAAUGGCGUGCCGCGGAACGCUUCCCCAGGAUUCCACAAUCCAAACCAAGUGAUUCCAUCCAAACGAGCUCGGCCAGAAGACGGCAUGCCCAUGUCGCCAAGGCCAGCGCCGGGGGCGUGA